AUGGUCGUCACUGUCCCCACCGCCAGCCUCGAAGGCAAGGUUGCCCUCAUCACCGGCGCCGGCCGCGGCAUCGGACGCGGCUGUGCCAUCGAGCUCGGCAAGCGUGGUGCCUCCGUCGUCGUCAACUACGUCUCCUCCAAGGGCCCCGCUGAGGAGGUCGUCAAGAUCAUCGAGGGCUUCGACAACGGCGCCAAGGCCAUCAGCAUCCAAGCCGACGUGUCAAAGGUCUCCGAAAUCACCCGCCUGUUCGAGGAGGCCAAGAAGCACUUCGGAAAGCUCGACAUCGUCAUGAGCAACUCGGGCACAGAGAGCUGGGACAAGACCGAGGACAUCACCGAAGAGAAAUUCGACCACGUCUUCAACCUCAAUGCGCGAGCUCAGUUCUUCGUUGGCCAGGCCGCAUACAAGUACAUUGAGGAUAACGGCCGGGUGAUCCUUAUGAGCUCGAUUGCGGCGGGUCUGUUGGGCGUCAAGGACCACGCGCUGUACAAUGCCUCGAAGAUGGCUGUUAUUGGCAUGAUCAAGGCAUUCGCAACGGACUUUGGCAAGCGCGGUAUCACAGUCAACGGUGUGGCCCCUGGUGGCAUCAAGAGCGAUAUGUUCACCCAGAACGCGUGGCACUACAUCCCAGGCGGCACUCCGGACAUUCCGGCCGCGACUGUCGAGAAGUUGAUGGCGGAUCACUGCCCGCUAGGACGAUGCGCAACGCCCGAGGAUGUUGCGAGGGUGGUUGGCUUUUUGUCCAGCGAAGACGGUGGCUGGGUCAAUGGCCAAGUCAUCACCAUCUCCGGUGGUUCGUCCCAGUAG